CCUCAAAGUUACGAUUUUUCAUCCAAAUAAUGUAUAGUCCGCGUACUUGAUACUCAAACAAAAAAAAGAAGUCGAGACAUUUCAAAGGUCGAAUUUUUUUAAAAAAAAAAAAGGGAAGAAGCAAUAGAGUGGGGUGUGUGGGGGGUUUAGAAACAAGGGUUUAGGGAGAGAGUAGGAGCAAGAAAACGCAAAUGGGGAGCCGGAAAGAAAGGAACAACUCUGUCAAGAAGAAGAACAAGGGCAACCCGCUUGGCCCCAAAACAACCAAACUUAAACCCCAUGCCACCACCAACAACAAGAAUACCCAAAUCGAAGCUCAACCCAUCGAAAAGCUACAACCGUCGGCACAGCUCAACUUGUUCCUCGACAAAUUUCAGUCUGCCAAUCAUCUCAAGCUCUCUUCUCUCGAAUUGGACUCCCUCACUGAUAAAUGUAUUGUGGACAUGUCUACGGAUCAAGAUGUCGAAAGCUUGGGGAAACGUGUCAAGGCAGCUUUUGGGCCGUCAUGGAAGGAGGAACUAUGUGAUAAGCGUCUCUUGGAAGGAAAAGUCGAUCCAGGGAGCCCCGCAGUUCUUAUUAUUAGCACAUCCGCCUUGAGAUCAAUAGAACUUCUAAGGGGCUUUCGGUCGCUGACUAAAGAAUGCCACGCAGUGAAGCUGUUCUCGAAGCAUAUGAAGGUUGACGAACAGGUCUCAUUGUUGAAGGAUCGUGUUAACAUCGCUAGUGGUACACCAAACAGGAUAAAGAAGCUAAUUGACAUUGAGGCAUUGGGGCUGUCACGGUUAUCAAUGAUUGUGCUUGAUGUGCACCCAGAUGUCAAGGGCUAUUCACUGUUGACGCUUCCGCAAGUCAGUGAUGAAUUUUGGGACUUGUACAAGACCUACUUUCACCAGCGAUUACUCCAAGAGUCCUUGCGUCUCUCUCUUUAUGGUCCAUUAAAAUCUGAUAACGAGUUCAAGGGAAAAAAGAAAAGACCCAAUGAAUAGUUAUUUAUAUGUUGGUGCAAACUUGAAGCCAGAAUACUAUGUUUUACCCAGCGAUCUUAGAAUGUAAGUCUCACUUCUGUAUUGGAGUUAGUUUGCCUAAAAUUAAGCGUGUCCUUUCGUUCAUGCUUGUAUUUUUUUGUUUGUU